AUGCAUCUUUCUCCCAAUGGUACAGACAAUGUUAACUGUUCCCUUUCCAAACGUAUUGGCAACAGUAACACGGUGCAUACAACGGAAAAAUAUAAAGCGCCACUCAUUCAAUCAAAGAACGAAGCGGACAUCGUCUCCAAAUCUUGUCUGUUCACCACAGCUUACAACAACCCGGGUACCGUAAAUAAUGGCAGUAGUAAUUAUUGCAUAAAACGUCCAAAAGCAAAAGACCGAAGCCACAAAUGUCAUCGGAAAGCAUGGACAUGUUUUUAUUUCAGCCCGUCUGGAAGAGGAUUGCAUCUGUGGUGCGGAGUAAUCAGCACUGUUGUGGUUUAUCACUUGUGGGUAAUAAUUUACCGUUAUGUGUUUUCUGAAAUUUGUCGUCACAAUGUUCAUAUUUGGUUUCCUCUGGAUUAUUUAGCUGAUUUUUUGUACUUGGUCGACAUGAUUGUGUCCAUCCGAACAGGGUUUCUCGAGGACGGUGUCAUGCAGUUUGAUUCCAAACGAAUGAGAAUACACUACAUCAACUCGACCCAAUUCUAUGUGGAUUGCCUCAGUCUGCUUCCAUUGGAUUUCCUCUAUCUAUCGGUCGGAUUCAAUUCUAUGCUGAGGAUAUUUCGUCUUUGUAAAGUGUACAAAUUUUGGCAAUUUCUUGAUCGAGCUGAACGUCAUUCCACUUAUCCAAAUGUGAUGCGAUCAGCCAAGUUACUUUUCUACUAUCUUACCAUAUUGCACUGGAAUGCGUGUGUCUUUAGGCUCGUGAAUGAUUUCUGUAAUGGACUGUGGGAUCCAGCUCUCACCAAAAGACAUACGGAUAUAAAUAAAACCGCUAUAUGGAAUACGAAUGACUCUAACAGUUCACUACUGCUGACCGAUCAUGCUAUGAACGACCAUAUUUAUGUACACUCCGUUUACUGGGGUCUGAUGUCACUGAUUUCCAUCGGUUCGUUGCAGAAACCAAACGGUUUAAUUGCGUAUAUGUUUCUAAUUAGUCAAGGGAUUCUCGGUGUGCUACUGUUUGCCACAAUACUCGGUCACGUGUGCAAUAUUGUGGCGCAUGUCAGCGCUGGACAGAAAGAAUUUCAAGGUAAGAUGUGUGCAUGCACAAGUUUCCGUAACUUAUCUGAUUUCUUCUUCCUUAAAAUAGUAAAUCUUAUAUCUACCUUUGCCACUCUAUUGUUCGAAUUUGAAGUAGUUCCAGACUAUCCCGAUUCAAAACUGUAUACCGGCUUCGAACAUUACUUAUUUGGAUUAAGUUUAUGA